AUGGAGAUCAAAUCCAACGCCAUUGCUUCUUGGAUCCUAGUUAUAGGCUUAUGUGCUGCCGUUUUGGUUACACCUGGAGUGGCUCAAGUGCAGCCAUCGAUUCCAAGUAUAUUCCCACCGAUUUCUCCCAUCGAUCCGAUAAAAUGUUGGUCAUCUCUCUUCGAUGUUGAAGGAUGCGUACUUGAAAUCUAUAAUUCCAUUCUCUCUGGCCAAUUUGGAAGCAUUGAGGCCACUUGUUGCAAAACGUUUGUGACCAUAGAUGUAAACUAUUGGCCCCAAAUGUUUCCGUUGAAUCCGUUCUUCCCUCGUCUUCUCAAGGAUAGUUGUGCGCACAUCGUACCUAAUUCUCCCACACGCAAAUGA